AACAAACCUUCACGCCUAGCAAAUCGCAGCUGUUAGUUUUUUAGCCAAUCUACAGUUUUCAACAUGGAACUCUGGAACAAACGAGACUUAGCUCCGCCAGUAAUGGUCACCUUCAAGUGUAAAACUAAGAAACGAAAAGAAGAAAUCCUAGCUUUAACAUCAUGUGUUUCAUCCGCCCUCCAGUACUUCCAGUCGCAACAAUCUUUCGAGAAGGCCGGUGCGUAUCUGUCGCGCUUCAUCACUCGAUGGCGAAAUCGUUUCUACAAUAUGCAUGGCUUUCGACUGCUGAGAAAGUUGAAUCAAGCUCUGCUUCGCGUACGCAGUAUAGAUAUCGUGCGAAUGCUCACUAACAUUAUGUCGACGCUGCCAAGCAGCUAUCUGGACAAAACGGUAGAGUUGCCGAAUAGGGCCGUUUUGGAGUAUCUGCUAAUACGAAUGCAAGGAUUGGGUAAAUUGUUCUGCCGUAUCAUAGUUGUAGCCAAAGAAGCCGCGCGCUAUUACAUCAGAUACAUUUCAACCGGAAACUUUUUCAAUCUGAGCUCGAUGUUCCUCUGUCUGCUGGCGGAGAUUUGGUUUAAGUCUAGGGACAUAUGCCAGCGGAUCGCACAUUUCUACGACGAGUUAGUUCCGAUGAGAUCGCUGCUCGUGGAUGACGGCAAAGAAUGGCCUUCGGAAAGCGGUGUUUUGCUUCCCGAAAAAUUUGCCUUAUGGCUGGGAGAUGAUUGGACCGAGGAGGUUCUUGCGAAAGAAUGUGAAAUAGAUAUGUUAAGUUUACAACCGGACAUGGAUCUGUUUGUUUUAUUGACAGGCGAAACUGAAGAUUUAUCAUCCAAUCAAAAAGUGGAUGAUCAAGUAAGCAAAAAAGCAAACACAAAAGAAUCUACGGUUAACCGAUCAAUUCCAAAAACUUUGCUAAUGGAUCGACUCAAAUCCGACACCGGAGAAACCGUGCAGCGUCAACCCAAGAAGCCUAAGAAAGAAACGAAGCCCGACUGGAGUGCCGUGACGCAACUUAAGUCGAAAUUUGAUUGCAAACAAUUCCUGGACCAAGAGAAACUCAAUCGCAAAGAAAACCUGCCACUUGCGCUAACUCGAAAAGCUAAGGCACAGACUUUCAAUAGUUUCGCCACCAAAAUGAAACGGGAAAUCAGUAGAAUGUCAACGAAGGAUUAUGUGACUAUGUUUAAGGAAGAAUUAAAACCACUUGUUUAUGGUAAAAAAUAA